AGACCAAAACGAUUAUUUCUUUCGUUUAAUCAGGCAUGUCCUCUUUCACUGAGAAUCGGUACUGUCAAGAUAAAUUUUAUCGAAUUCAGCGCGAUUCGCCUCUGAUAGUCUUUACUACCAGCUCAUCGCAGACGAUGGUGCAGGAGAAUGGCGAUCCCAAUAGUAGCGCCUACAUCGCCGGGUCUGCUGCCCUACGCCAUGAAAGCAAACUCCAUCGUAAAUCUCAUUUUCGUCACCAUGCCGACGAAGAAGCUUCUCCUCUGCAUUUUUAUUCAUGUGAGGUUCACGCUCACCCUUCCACUUUCCACAAGGUAAAAUCACGCGCUGUCAUUGAUCACCUUUCUGGCUCCGGCGCCGUUGUCAAGGACGACGUGGACGAUGGACGGCCGUGGUUCUUUCGUUCCCAUGCGCCCUUGCCUGGUGCAUGAUAUAAACUUGGGAAGAAUGUGGAAUUACAGUUUGAUAAAUUAAAAAAAAAAUGAACCUGCGGUGCGUCGUCCACGUAAUUUCGUUACGUGAAAAUGUUCAAUAAUACGGGCGAGGAAUCUAUGGCGAAACUAAAAGACUACGCAUAUUAUAUGUUCCACAUUAGCAACGGUUUGGAAUCGCACGUAGGGGUUACACACUGUGCGAAAGUGUUAAACUGGCAACUUAGAUAAUGUGUAUAUAAGCUAUAUGGGAUUCAAGAUAAAUCUUGGAUAACAAUAAUGAUAGAUAUUAUUCUUACAAUCAUAGAAUCAUCUCUAUAAUUAAUUUGCAACUUGUAAAUAACUUAGAAAAAAAAGCAAUUGCAUUAAUAUCAUCGUACUGAGUCUGCUUACAAUGAAGAACUGUUAUAGGGGACUGAUUUAUUACAACACAUACACUCCUACAGCUCCUUUAAUUGUGUGUUCUUCUUUCUUUUUACGGUAUUUAUCUAAUCUGAUUAUAUUUAUCUACUUUUUGUACUGCGUAUUUUGUGAUAAAACCUACCUUUUUAUAUCACGUUUUUAUUAUUGAUCUCUCGGAAAACACUAAAAAA